GUCUCGGUGGACUAUCGCUCGUCGAAUACCAGAUCCGCGCUCGUAUAUUGCUCCUUGUGUUUAUAUAUUAAUUAAUUUAAUUUUAAUUUUUUUACAUUUUCGUUAUCGAUUGUAAAAUUGUAUUGUUGACAUUGUGCCCGGCGUAGUGUUUCAAUAUUGUAUUAUAAUCAAACACUUAAACAUUACGUUGAAUAUUUAUAAAAAUUCGAAUAUUAUACGCACGCUUCGAAUCGAAAUCUGACGUCCUCGCUGGAUCUGUGGUGCUUUCGAUCGACGAUGUAAUCAAAUCGGACGAUGCGUCAAAAUGGAACUGAUUGCAUUUUGCUUGUGGCUUUUCGCACUUGUUCCCCGUUGUCAGCCCACCGAAUGGGAUGGAUUCACUCCUUGGUUCACUGGUUCUGAAUGCAAUUGCAACGAGUUUUCUCACCGGUGCUUCUUCGACAAAGAGCUGUACGACCGGACCGGACACGGAGGACACUGUCUAGACUGCGCCGGCAACCGGGACGGAGCAAACUGUGAGCGGUGCAGGGAGAACUACUACCAGAAGAAGGGCGAAUCGCAUUGUUCGCCGUGCGAGUGCGACGAAAUCGGGUCGUGGUCGUUGCAGUGCAACUCCGAAGGCAAGUGUCAAUGUCGUGCAGGCGUGGCAGGCGACAAAUGCGAUCGGUGCGCCGAGAACCACUUUGAUUUCGGACCUACUGGAUGUAAACCGUGCGGGUGUACCGUGGCCGGUAGUCUGGACAACGAGCCGAGGUGUGAGGCUGAAAACGGAAAUUGCAUUUGCAAAGAGAACGUUGAGGGCAUUCAAUGCAACAAAUGUAAACCAGGUUUCUUCAACUUGGACGAAGACAAUUUAUUUGGUUGUACGCCUUGUUUCUGCUAUGGACAUUCUUCGGUGUGCCAGUCCGCUCCAGGUUAUUCCAGAGUUUCCGUCGAGAGCGUAUUCGUCCGGGGCAACGAGCGAUGGAACGGUUCGGACAUCUUUGGUAGAACGGUUUUGCCGGUCCACAGUCCUUUCAAACAGUCGUUGGAGAUUUCCUCGCCGUCGAAGGACGCCGUUUACUUAUUGGCACCGGACAAGUUCCUCGGGGACCAGCGUUCCAGUUACAACCACGAUUUGACCUUCAAACUCAGCAUCGGUGAAAACAGUCCCGAUCCGACAAUCUACGACAUCAUUCUGGAGGGCGGUGCCGGUCUUCGCGUCACCCAAGCGAUAUUCGGACAAGGAAACCCAUUGCCUUCCGACACGCCGAAAAUGUACAAAUUCCGCCUUCACGAGAACCCGGACUACGGAUGGCAGCCCAGGCUGUCUGCACGUGAUUUCUUCAGCGUUUUGUCGAAUCUGACAGCCAUCAAAAUACGAGGAACAUAUUCCGAUAGAGGCGUCGGAUUUCUGGACGAUGUUUCAUUGCAGACUGCCCGGCGCGGCGCUCCAGGGUUGCCGGCCAACUGGGUCGAGAUGUGUACUUGUCCCGAAGGAUACAUUGGACAAUUCUGUGAGUCGUGCGCACCUGGUUCUCGACACGAACCUACCAGCGGUGGUCCUUUCUCACCGUGCGUCCCGUGUAACUGUCACGGUCAUGCCUCCAUCUGCGACGCCGAUACAGGUCGGUGCAUUUGUCAGCACAACACAGCGGGUGAAAACUGCGACAGGUGUGCAAAAGGAUACUACGGUAACGCAAUGCAGGGUACCGCGCUCGAUUGUAAACUGUGUCCGUGCCCCAACCAGGGAAGUUGCGUUUUGAUUGGAGAAGACACGGUCAUUUGUUUGGAAUGUCCUAAGGGAUAUGGAGGCCCCAGAUGUGACAUCUGUAGUGACGGCUAUUUCGGUGACCCGACCGGAAAGAACGGACCGAUCAGCAUUUGCAAAUCGUGCGACUGCAAUUCGAAUGUCGAUCCAAACGGAAUUGGUAACUGCAAUCGGACAACUGGCGAAUGUCUGAAGUGCAUCUAUAACACGGGUGGAGCGCAGUGUGACCAAUGUCUACCAGGAUACUUCGGGGACGCUCUUGCUCCCGAAAAAGGCGAUUGCAAACCUUGCGAUUGUUUCCAUCUCGGCACCACCGAGACAGGAUUCGGACCUUUGGCGUGCGAUCAGUUGACCGGGCAGUGCCAAUGUAAACCACACGUGAUCGGAGUAAACUGUGACCAGUGCGAAGUCGGCCACUUCAACAUAGCUAGCGGAGACGGAUGUCAGUCAUGCGAGUGCGAUCCUGUGGGUUCCAUCAACAACACUUGUGAUACUAACACCGGUCAAUGUAUUUGUCAUCCCGGCAUAACUGGAAAGAAAUGUGACGCGUGCGAACCCUAUCACUACGGAUUUUCAGCUGAGGGGUGUAAAUCGUGCGCUUGCGAUACCAUUGGUUCCGUGUCUUUGCAGUGCGACGCGAAUGGACAGUGUCCGUGUUUGGAAAAUGUGGAGGGAAGACGUUGCGAUCAGUGUAAAGAAAACAAAUACGACCGCCAAAGAGGUUGUGUGGACUGUCCAGCCUGUUAUAACUUGGUUCGAGAUGCGGUUAAAGAGCAUCGUGAAAGCUUAAAAAGGUUGGAAGAUGUGUUAAAAAACAUUAAUAACAACCCAACUGUUGUAGUCGACGAUAAGUUCGAACAAAAAUUGAAAGAAGUUCAGUUGCAAGUCGACGAAUUGGAACAAAAUGCUAAAUUCGCUACCGGUGGUAACAUCCCAACAAGUGACAAAUUGGAGUCUCUUCAUGGCCAAAUAAAGGAAAUUCAAGAUCUAAUGGCUCAAACAGGAAACUGGACUACUAUAGCUGAAGAAAAAUCUUUACAGGCUGAAAAUAACAUCAUGAACAUUGAAAAAAUGAAUGACAAAUCGGCGAACACAUUGAAAAGAGCGUUGGAGUAUAUUGAAACCGAAGGAGCCACGUCGCUUCUAAAGGCGGUUACAAAAAGUAACGAACUCGGACAACAGAGUGACCAAAUGUCUGAGAUUGCUAGGGAAGCGAGAACGUUUUUAGCGACAAAAGAGGAAGAAAUGGAAAAAAUGAGAGUUGUUGCAGCAAAAGCAAUGAAUAUAUCACUUGAAGCCUAUAACAUUACCAGAGACGCUGUUAAUCAACAGAAAAAUAUCAGUGAAGAAUUAAAAUCUUUGGAUACGGAAGUCAACUAUGUAAAGGAUAAAUUGAAUACAAUCAUUAACCAAGCAAACGAAGCACAAGAAUUGGUGACUAUGGUCAAUAAUGAUUCGUUGACAAUCUAUCGAGAUAUUUACGCUAUAAACUUACCAGAUGUCAAUGUCACACUUUUGAAACAAAAUAUUUCCAAUUUAAACGCAGAGGCUGAACAAAUCAAGAAUGAAUUAAAAAUGCAAGAGACUGACCAAAACAUUAUGAACCUCAUUAAGGAAGUUGCCGAAGAGCUACAACAAUCCGAGAUCACAUUAGCUCAAGGCGAGAAGCAGCAAAGAACCAGGGAAAACUUUUUGGCACAAGCAAAUGCUUCUUAUGAAAAAGCAGAUCAAGCGGUUAAAUUAGGCGUAAAGAUUUUGGAAGAAGCGCAACAAACAUUGAGCACAUUACAAGCUUUCGACAAACAGGUGCAAGAUAGCAAAAAAAAUGCGACUGAGGCCUUAGGACAAGUUUCACAAAUUAGACAGUUGAUAGAAGAGGCCAACGAUAAGACUAUAGGUGCCCAACAGGCGUUAGCUGGAGCCGAAUUGAGUGCCAUACAUGCCAGAGAUAGCGCCAAAGAAGCCCAAAAAACAUACGCUGAUCAAGCUAAAGAGGAUUCGAAUAAAAUAAAAAAAGCUGCCGAAGAUUUAGCCUCCGAGGUCCACAAGUUAUUUGACGAAAGUGUUGGGCAGAUAAAACGAGUUGAGCACACUGCUGAACGUUUGAAAGACGCAGAAACUCAAUUCGAACAGGAUCAAAAAAGCAUUGAUGAAGCAAAAACGAAAAUUGGCCAAGCGAAAACAUCAUCAUCUGAAUCCAAAAAAAUGGUGGACAAAGCAUUGCAGGAUGUCGAAAAAAUAUCAAAAGAACUAUUAGAUCUCGCUGACAGCGAUACUGAUAAACUGAGUCUACUCAGCAGCAGAUUGGAGUCAGUCGAACAGGAGCUGUUGAACGCCGAGUUGGACAAAAAACUUGCGGCUAUCAAUAGCGCUAAGAUUUCUCAGGCUCAGUUAAUUAACAAACUAAAAGAAGACAUAAAAACAUUGACAAACGACGUCAAAAAUAUUGAAGCGAUACGGCUGGCACUUCCGAGCGGAUGCUGGAAGAAAACGAAUAUAGAAGAAUUGCGUUGAGCAAAUAUUAUCCACCUCGACAAUUACUCACGUUUUACCAUACAGUCGUUAAUAUUAAGAUAAUUAUACAAAUUUUAGAAUAUUAAGUCAAUUCGAUGUGUUCAUAAGUUCAAAAACAUAAUCAAAUAUUAUGUUAUCAUCACAAUUUGUUUACCCAAACGAAUUUUUUUUUUUUAUAAUACUGUAAGCAAGUCCAAAUUUUGAGAUGGGUGCACAUUUUUAAUAAUUAUUUUUAAAGAAUAACAUUACGUGCAUACAUAUUUCAUUACGUUAAUUUAACAGUUAAGAAAUCUUUUAGUUACUUACUUAAAAAAAAAACCACCAAACAAUUAGAUUUCCAAUCGACUUAUCGAAAAAUAGAUGUUAUUUUGUUAUUAAUACCGACCAACAAAUAUUCAGUUUCAAACAAAUACUUUUGGAAAUCCAAAAACACAAAGCGGCACAAAUGUACCGCUUAGUCCCUUAACGUCUUAGAAUAACUUUUUAAAUGUAAGAAUGUACCUAUACAAAAGACUUAAAUAAUAAUUAUGCUGUCUUGAGUAGAUUUAGAUAUAUUAUAUUAUAAUAUUUAUGUAAGAUUAUUUCAAUGUGCCAAAGACCAAUUUAUUAUUUAUUAUCCUACAUACUAUGUCUUACUUAUAUUGAAGCUUUUUUCCCUAUAAUAGUGUAAAAUAAAUAAAUAAAAACAAUUAGAUGUGUAAA